GCGAUUAAAAAAAUUUCAAAAGAUAAAGUCAGCAUCACUGAAGCAGCAAAUCUUUUUUCAAUUCCUCGGAAAACGGUGUGGAAUCGAUUGAAAGGCAUCUGUUCAUCUCGUCAUGGAAUGCCAACGGUUCUCACAAAAGAGACUGAAAACGAUUUGGCAGAAUGGAUCCUCGAUUGCUCCUCAAAAGGUGAUCCUCGCACCAAGCAUCAAAUUUUAAAAGCAGCUGAGCAAUUGUCUCGUUUGGAGAAUGAAAACACAAGUGGAUUUAGAAAUGGAACGCCUUCGUAUAAAUGGCUUCGAGGUUUCUUGAAACGUCAUCCAAACAUUUCACGACGAACACCAUCGAAGAUAUCUCGUGCAUCUGGUUGUGUGUCUGGGAACGACAUCACCAAAUUCUUAAGAGAUACUCGGGAUUGGUUGAUAGAAAAAUUAGGUGAAGACAAUUAUAUUGCAUUGGCAAACGAUCCCUUGUCUUGGGGCAACUGCGACGAAACAGGCUUUGAUCUCAAUCCAUCUGGAUCUGUGUAUGCAAGAAAGGGUGGGAAAAGUGUUUACCAAAUCGAGACAGCAAAACCCAAGGAACGCAUAAGCGUUAUGUAUACAUUUUUAGCAUCUGGAGAUGUUCUAAGACCGCAGCUAAUACUUAAAAACUCAAUCAGUAGAAUCACUGAUAUUGCAAUGGCCGCUGGAGAAGUGGGAGCUAAUUAUAUAAUCAGCCAGACGGAAAAGGGUUGGCAAACCCAAGAAUCAUUCUUUGAAUAUGUCACCGACAAAGUUAUGAUUCCUGAAACAAUACGCAAAGGUUUCAAUGAGACUGGUGUUUUCCCAUUAGACCCAACAAAAGCUCGUGUUGAGAGAUGCGUUGGAAUUACUCGUGAUAGAGGUAAGACUUUUGUUCCGAUAUGGCAGAUGAAAAUCUGUUGUGGUUUUGAGAGCAAUUCCAAAUCUUAA